AUGGAGCAGAGCGCGAUGCCAGAGGCGGACGCGGUGCAGGGUUCACCACUUCCGGAGGUAUUGUCGCCUGAAGGUGCCGAAACAGUCGCUGGAUCAGACGCGUUGAACGCCGAGGAGGAGACAGGGAACACUGCAGACCGAGUCGGAGUGACUGCGGCGCUAGUAAUAGAAGAAGCAGAAGAGGCUGAAGCUGGAGCGGAAAAAGACGCUACAGAUGAGAAAAUUGACGUGGAUGUCAAUGUUGAUGUGGCAGGUGUCGGGAGGUUCUCGAGUUUUGAGGAACUUGCGGACAUUCUUGUAGAUCGAUCUGUUAUAGCUAAUGGAGGGACUAUAGAAGACGAUGAUAUGGACAGUACGGUGGAAGAAAGUGUCGAGGAGAUUGUCGAGGAACAAGAAGCGGUGCUUGCUGCGUAUGCGGAUGAAUCAAAUGAUGACGUUCGAGAGAGCGAGUCGGAAACUUUAGCACAUGAGCACGUAUCAAUAAUGGGAGGUGGAUUGGCGGAGGCGGAUGCAAUUGAAGCAGAGGCAGAUCAAGACGUAGAAACGUUGGACGAUCCAUUGACAUUUGUGACGCUGGAACCCUUUGGCGAUGUGGAGGCACAACAGCUGAUGGAUGUCGAGGACUACUCAGAAUCGUCAUUGUUGAUUAAUGGUGAUGCAGCGGAAGGUUUGAUAGGUGCUGAUGAUGUCGUGGAAAAUCAGUCAGUGGCUACGCUAGCAGUAGUGAGCCCCGAAGGAGCCUUGCGAUUUCCACAGGAGGUGGCACCGGACUCACCAGCAGUAAGACCUGAUCUACCUGAUGGUGUUGCCGAUCAGAUUACCGAGGACAUUAAUGAUCUUGCUGCACUAGAUGCCAACACGGAAAUGGAGUCCGAUGAGCAGGAUGAAGAUGAAGACGCAAAUGAGCAUGGCGAGCACGCGACUAUUACAGCAGUCACAGAGUCUGCUGAGAAGCUUACACCUGUCGACGCGAACUUGGAGGCGGUCCUGGAGAAGAUUCGAACGAAACUUCCGUGCAAAUCAGUCGAAGUAUUGGAGACUGGAGAGAUACUGGCCUUGCCGAAGGGCUGGUCCACACGUCAGAGCAAAAGCAAUGACGGUAAAACGUACUAUGUAUCGCCGUACGGACACACACAGUGGUUGCGCCCACCCAUGAAAACGGGUGCCAUUUACAACUGGGUACAUGAAAUUGAAGUCACCUUCGGACACGGACGACUGGGACUUAAUCUGAAACAAAUUGCUGGUGUUCCUGGCACAGUGUUUACUGACCUCCAGGUCCACAUCGCGGAGAUUUACAAACUGCCAAAUGGGAUGGCAAGUCCCGCUGAGAUUUAUAACUGGAGCAUGAAGCCUGAAAAGCGUCUCGCUGUGAACAUGCGUGUUACGAUGAUGAAUGGAAUUCCACUGACCGGUUACACAUACUCGGAGGUACUGGAGUUGCUUGCUCGAUUGGUACGCCCCGUCCGCAUUAAGUUUGCUGACAUCACUAAAGGCAUCGUGGGCCGAGUCGAGGAAGAAGCGCUACUUGAGGAGACAGAAGAGGUUAAAGAAGCUCGUGCAGCUCGAGUGAUGCAGAACUCACUCCGCAAAGAGUAUUUUCAGGUAUUGGUGUGUAGCGAACUGCACAAACAAGUAUGGUCAGCAACGAACCAUCACAUGUACAUGAAACGCCUGGAGAUGGAAAAAAAGUGCGAGAUCAUGGAGACGCAAGUCGAAAGUGUCCAGCGGCGUCAAGAAUCGCUAGGGAAGGAGCGUGAGAACUUGAUCCAAGAGGAAUGUUUGCUUACGGAGAUGAUCGAAAAGUUGGACAAGCAAGCAGCAGGUGAAAUUGAAUCUCCCGAAGUGUUGAGAACGGCAGAACUGGUUCAGCGAUCGAUGGAACUCGAGAAGGACGUCACCGAACUUAUCGCCGAGAACAACGCAUUGCGGGCUGUACGCGCCGAAACAGAGCAGACUCUCGAUAACUUGCAAAAUGAGCUGGACAAGUAUGGUGAUCUUGGCGUGGACUUAAACAGCGAGCAGGAGAUUAAGUUUUUCUCACCGGCGUUUUUGGGCUCCAUGGUGAAUAGGGGCUCGAUUGAUACUCGCGCUGCAGAUGCGCGUGAACAGCUUCUUAUAAAAGUCAAAGCACAAUGUGAUCAUCUUGAGGAAGAGAUCGAAAUGGAGGCAGAGCGAACUGGAUUUGUGGAAUCAGAGAUAUACCAGUUUCGGAACCAAAUGGAUGUGGCUGCAGCAGCGGUCAAGCGCGAGGAUGCCUUCAUUAGCGGGGAACGUCCGCCGCAACUGAUAUUUUUGGAAAACAAGAUUGCACUGCUGCGGAAGAGUUUGCGAGAAACCGUGGCUGGAAUAGCGAAGGCCACUGGCAGUGGAGACCAGCAACAGGCCGACAACCUGUCACUCCGGCGAGCAGAUUUGAAAGAUGAUUUGAAGGCGGCACUGGACGAGAUGUUGCGAAUGCAGAACGAGCUGCAGGUUUUCUUUGACGUUGAUCAGGGUAAAAAUGUUGUCUUGCCGUCUGCAGAUUCUUCGAUUGAUACGAUCGACAUUGAUGAAGCUCCACAGAGACGCUUGUCGGAGUCGACGCGCUUACAGACUAAGCUGGGCAAGCUUCAAACGAAGCUGCAUGAAAUUGUUAUCGAGCUCGCGAAGGCUGCAGGUGACAAUGACGAAGAACGAAAAAGCGAGCUCAGUAAGCAGCGGUUGCAACUAAAAGACGAGAUGAAAGUGGUGCAAGAUCAAUUCCAGGCGCUGACGAAUGGGACUCUCAAUGUGUCGACCAACGCGACGGAGGCACCACCACGAACAUCUAUUACCGGCCCACCACCACAGCAAGAAGCUGCCCGGAGGAAUACCGUUGGCGCCCGUGUAUCUGUCGGUGGUAUCCGAAGCUCAUUUGGGGGCAGAGUGUCCAUGAUCGGUGCUCAGAUUGUGCAGGGUGUCAGCCGACAAUCGGCCACCGUGCAACGAGGUUCGGAACGAUUUGAUCCUGACCACAGCCGCGGGAGCAGCAGCAGUGUAAACUCGUUCACGCAAGACUCAGCGAAUCAGAUUGGUUUAUUGCCAGCGAUGAGUGGCAUCCUACGCAAGCACCCGACUCACUCCAAUGAAAAGGGCACAUUCGGCAACAUGUCGCUGCGUGGCGUUCGCGUGCGGUGGUGCAAUAUUGAGCCGGAUGGGUACCUUCGUUACUACAAGCGCGAGGGCGACCGCGAGCCUCGUGGUGCUAUUCCACUGAAGCACAAGUCGUUGGAGAUCCUGCAUGGCAAGGAUGUGGGUAAGCCUCACGAGUUCAUGAUAUGCUCACCUACCCAGCAGACGCGACUGGUUGCGAAGAACCAGGAAGAGAUGCUCAAAUGGGUGAAGGUGCUGGGACUUGCCCAUGCUUACUUUCGGAAGCGCUUCAACGACGGUAGAAAAACGCCAGGCAGCGUCUCCUCAUCCAAUGGCAGUACUGCGGACCAGCCAGCGAACGCGACGUCGCCGGAAGCAGCAGAUGCAGAACUCGCGUAUCGUAACAAGCGCGCGACGCUUGGUUUCUGA